UUGUGAUGAUUCAAAUGUAAAUCGUCGUUUCAAAUUUAUAUCAGCUCUUUAUCAAAAUGGGCCAAAUCCCAAUCAUGCCAAUUUGACUAACAUGGUACAACAAGUUGUUGUCCAUCCUGAAUAUAAUUCUGCAGGCCCAUGCGAUGAUUCAAACAUAAAUACUCGUUUCAAAUCUAUAUCAUCUCUUUAUCAAAAUGGGCCAAAUCCCAAUCAUGCGAAUUUGACUAACAUGGUACAACGAGCUGUUAUUCAUCCUGAACAUAAUUCUAGAGGCCCAUGCGAUGAUUCAAAUGUAAAUUGUCGUUUCAAAUCUAUAUCAGCUCUUUAUCAAUAUGGGCCAAAUCUCAACCAUGCCAAUUUAACAAAAAUGGCACAACAAGCUAUUGUUCAUGCUGAAAAUAGUUAUGUUCAAUUUUUGAGUGACAUAACAAAAGGUUCUGAAAAGGUUGUAAUUUCAUUAUUAGAUGACACUGGAAGUGAGGAGUUGCCUAAGUUUAAUUACAUACCAAAUAAUAUAAUCUAUCAAAAUGCUAAUGUGAACAUUUCACUUGCUCGGGUUGCGGAUGAGGGUUGUUGUUCUGAUUGUUUAGGCAACUGUCUUUCUUUGACAUUUCCUUGUGCAUGUUCUCAAGAAACUGGUGGGGAGUUUGCUUAUACUCGAGAAGGUUUGUUGAAGGAAAAGUUCUUAGAAGCAUGCAUAGCUAUGAAAAUCAAACCUCAGCCAUAUCAUUUUGUGUAUUGUCAAGAAUGCCCAAUUUAUAAAGGGAGUGAGCACAUGCCUGAAGAAUGCAAGGGGCAUUUGGUUAGAAAGUUUAUAAAGGAAUGUUGGAGGAAAUGUGGAUGUGAUAUGCAGUGUGGAAAUCGGGUAGUGCAGCGAGGUUUAAGAUGUAAACUGCAGGUAUUCUUGACUCAGGAAGGAAAGGGCUGGGGCAUUAGAACACUAGAAGAUUUGCCCAAAGGCUGCUUUGUAUGUGAGUACGUCGGAGAAAUAUUAACCAAUGCAGAAUUGUAUGAAAGGGUAUUACACAAAAGCAGCAAGGACAGACAUACAUAUCCUGUAACCCUUGAUGCAGAUUGGGGCUCAGAAAGGGUGUUAAAGGAUGAUGAGGCACUGUGCUUAGAUGCAACUUAUAAUGGAAAUAUUGCAAGGUUUAUCAAUCAUAGAUGCUUUGAUGCAAAUUUGAUAGACAUUCCUGUUGAAGUGGAGAUUCCUGAUCGCCACUAUUAUCAUAUUGCUCUCUUUACUAAUAGGAAAGUGAAAGCAUACAAAGAGUUGACAUGGGAUUAUGGUAUUGACUUUGAUGAUCAGGAACAUCCUAUUAAAGCAUUUCAAUGCUGCUGUGGAAGUACCUUCUGCCGUGACAAGAAAAAGAAAGGAACUGGCAUGAAAGCUAAAAAACAAAGGUAGAAAGCUUUGUACUAUGGAAAGGUUGACAUAUACUUUGCCAACAUCUCUUUUCUUUUAUUUGCAUAGAGUUUACAAAAUCUUUUAGCAGUUGAUUAUGUUUCUGGCAAUAAUACUAAUAUUCAUGGAUGGCAUAUAUAGAUUAUAUUAAGAGUAAAGUUCUCAUAGAUAGAUAGAUGGUCUAUUCUUGUGUAGUUUCAAAAUCUGGAGUAAGUUAUUUUAGACAAGUUUUUUUAACCCUUGGAUAAUUGAU